AUGUGGAACUCGGCGGAGAACGCUUUCGCCAGAUCGGAGUCGUUUAGGGAGGGAGGAGAAGAUGAGGAGGCUUUACGCUGGGCGGCGUUGGAGAGGCUUCCGACUUACAAGCGAGCAAGGAGAGGAAUCUUCCAGAAUCUCGUCGGUGAUAAGAAAGAGAUCGAUGUGAGUGAACUACAGACGCCGGAGCAGAAGCUUAUUUUGGAAAGGCUGGUUGAUUUCGUUGAUAAUGAUCCUGAGAGAUUCUUCCACCGUAUGAGAAGCCGAUUUGAUGCAGUUCAUUUGGAGUUUCCGAAGAUUGAAGUUCGAUUUCAAAACUUAACCAUUGAGACUUUUGUACAUGUCGGAAGCAGAGCUCUGCCUACAAUUCCAAAUUUCAUCUGUAAUAUGACUGAGACUCUUUUAAGACAGUUGCGAUUAUACAGAAGAAAGAGAAGCAAAUUAACAAUUCUAUCUGAUAUCAGUGGGAUUAUCAGACCUUCAAGGCUAACAUUGUUAUUGGGUCCGCCAAGCUCUGGAAAAACAACAUUGCUUUUAGCUCUUGCUGGCAGAUUAGGACCUGGUUUGCAGAUGUCAGGGAACAUUACCUACAAUGGACAUGGUCUGAAUGAGUUUGUUCCUCAGAGAACAUCAGCUUAUGUCAGCCAACAAGAUUGGCAUGUAGCAGAGAUGACCGUGAGGGAAACUCUCCAGUUUGCUGGUUGCUGUCAAGGAGCUGGAUUUAAACACGAUAUGUUGAUGGAACUUGCUAGAAGAGAAAAGAAUGCUGGAAUAAAACCUGAUGAGGAUCUUGAUUUAUUCAUGAAGUCAUUAGCUCUCGGUGGACAGGAAACAAAUCUUGUGGUUGAGUACAUCAUGAAGAUAUUAGGUUUGGACAUGUGCGGUGACACAUUGGUGGGGGAUGAAAUGCUCAAAGGAAUAUCGGGAGGACAAAAGAAGCGGCUUACAACAGGCGAAUUACUAGUUGGACCUGCAAGAGUGCUAUUCAUGGAUGAGAUAUCAACUGGUCUAGAUAGUUCAACUACAUAUCAGAUCAUCAGAUAUCUCAAGCAUUCAACACGCGCACUUGAUGCAACCACAAUCAUAUCUCUUCUUCAACCAGCUCCUGAGACCUACGAAUUAUUUGAUGAUGUUAUUCUUUUGUCCGAGGGUCAGAUUGUUUAUCAGGGGCCCCGUGAGGCUGCUAUUGAAUUUUUCAAACUGAUGGGAUUCAGUUGUCCUGAGCGAAAAAAUGUAGCAGACUUUUUACAAGAAGUCACGUCUAAGAAGGACCAAGAGCAGUACUGGUCUGUUCUCGACCGCCCUUACCGGUACACACCUGCUGGGAAAUUUGCCCAAGCAUUUUCCUUGUAUCGUGAGGGAAAGCUUUUGUCUGAGGAACUAAAUAUUCCUUUCAAUAGGCGCUAUAACCAUCCAGCUGCCUUGGCAACUUGUUCCUAUGGAGCAAAAAGGCUUGAACUUCUUAAGAUUAAUUAUCAGUGGCAGAAGCUUCUCAUAAAAAGAAAUGCAUUUAUUUACAUUUUUAAAUUUGUUCAGCUGAUUUUGGUUGCUUUAAUUACAAUGAGUGUUUUUUUCCGAACAACGAUGCACCAUAAUACAAUUGAUGAUGGAGGCUUAUAUCUUGGAGCACUGUAUUUUUCUAUGAUUACUAUUCUUUUCAAUGGUUUUACGGAAGUCUCAAUGUUAGUUGCAAAGCUUCCAGUUCUUUACAAGCACAGAGACUUGCAUUUCUAUCCUAGCUGGGCAUAUACACUCCCUUCUUGGUUCCUUAGUAUCCCAACUUCUCUCAUGGAGGCUGGAUGCUGGGUAGUGGUAUCAUACUAUUCAAGUGGAUAUGAUCCUGCAUUUACUAGAUUUCUUCAGCAAUUCUUGCUUUUUUUCUUUCUGCACCAGAUGUCUAUAGGCCUGUUUCGCUUGAUAGGAUCCUUGGGUCGGAAUAUGAUAGUAGCCAAUACCUUUGGAUCAUUUGCUAUGUUGGUUGUAAUGGCUCUUGGUGGAUAUAUAAUUUCAAAAGACCGUAUACCAAGUUGGUGGAUAUGGGGCUUUUGGGUUUCCCCUUUGAUGUAUGCACAGAAUUCUGCUUCUGUAAAUGAGUUCCUUGGACAUUCCUGGGAUAAGAAAGUUGGAAAUCUGACCACUUAUCCAUUGGGCAAGGCAGUGUUAAAAGCAAGGAGUUUGUAUACUGAGAGCUAUUGGUAUUGGAUUGGUGUUGGAGCAUUGGUUGGAUACACAAUUUUGUUCAACUUUCUAUUUACAAUUUUCUUAGCUUACCUUAAUCCUUUGGGAAGACAACAAGCUGUAGUCUCAAAAGGUGAGCUGCAAGAAAGAGAAAAGAGAAGAAACGGUGAAAGCGUUGUUGUUGAGCUGAGAGAGUACUUGCAACAUUCGGCAUCAAAUGGUAAGCAUUUUAAGCAAAAGGGAAUGGUUCUCCCAUUUCAACCUCUUUCCAUGGCUUUCAGAAAUAUCAAUUACUAUGUGGAAGUCCCUUUGGAGUUGAAACAACAAGGGAUAUCAGAAGACAGACUGCAGCUACUUGUUAAUGUUACCGGAGCUUUUAAGCCUGGUGUGUUAACAGCAUUGGUUGGAGUAAGUGGUGCUGGGAAAACCACUCUGAUGGAUGUAUUAGCUGGAAGAAAAACUGGCGGUUUCAUAGAAGGGAGUGUAUAUAUAUCUGGUUAUCCUAAAAGACAAGAUUCAUUUGCAAGAAUUUCUGGUUACUGUGAGCAGUCUGAUGUGCAUUCCCCUGGCUUGACUGUUUGGGAAUCCUUACUCUUUUCUGCUUGGCUUCGAUUAUCUUCAGAUGUUGACUUGGAGACACAAAAGGCCUUCGUCGAGGAAAUAAUGGAGCUUGUGGAGCUCACUCCACUAAGAGGAGCACUUGUAGGUCUACCUGGAGUAGAUGGUCUGUCAACAGAACAGCGAAAAAGGUUAACUAUAGCAGUGGAACUAGUUGCCAACCCUUCUAUAGUCUUCAUGGAUGAGCCCACAUCCGGAUUGGAUGCCAGGGCUGCAGCCAUUGUGAUGAGAACUGUGAGGAAUAUAGUAAAUACUGGGCGAACGAUUGUCUGCACCAUCCAUCAGCCUAGCAUAGACAUAUUUGAAUCCUUUGAUGAGCUUCUGUUUAUGAAGCGGGGAGGAGAGCUUAUAUACGCCGGCCCACUUGGUCCUAAAUCUAGUGAACUAAUCAGUUAUUUUGAGGCAAUCGAAGGAGUACCAAAGAUCAGAUCUGGGUAUAACCCUGCGACAUGGAUGCUGGAGGUUACUUCUUCAGUAGAAGAAAACCGCCUGGGAGUGGACUUUGCAGAAAUCUACCGUAAAUCAAGUUUAUAUCAAUAUAACCAAGAGUUGGUCGAAAGGUUGAGCAUACCAACCAGUAAUUCAAAAGAAUUGCAUUUUCCAACCAAGUAUUGUCGGACCCCUUUUGAGCAGUUCCUAACUUGUCUUUGGAAGCAAAAUCUAUCUUACUGGCGUAACCCACAGUACACUGCUGUUCGCUUCUUCUACACUGUCUUCAUCUCAUUGAUGCUUGGGACAAUAUGUUGGAGAUUUGGUGCAACAAGGGAGACACAGCUAGAUCUAUUUAAUGCCAUGGGAUCGAUGUAUUCAGCAAUCCUCUUUAUUGGCAUCACAAAUGGAACAGCUGUUCAACCUGUCGUUUCUGUGGAAAGAUUUGUUUCGUAUAGAGAAAGAGCUGCAGGGAUGUACUCGGCUUUAAGUUUUGCAUUUGCUCAGGUUGUGAUCGAGUUUCCUUACGUGUUCGCGCAGGCUAUCAUAUACUCUUCAAUAUUCUAUUCCAUGGGUUCCUUUGUCUGGACUUUUGAUAGGUUCAUUUGGUACUUAUUCUUCAUGUAUUUUACUAUGUUAUAUUUUACCUUCUACGGGAUGAUGACUACCGCCGUCACACCAAAUCAUCACGUUGCUGCCAUCAUUGCUGCUCCAUGUUAUAUGUUGUGGAACCUUUUCAGUGGUUUUAUGAUUCCUCAUAAGAGAAUCCCUAUUUGGUGGAGAUGGUAUUACUGGGCAAACCCUGUAGCCUGGACUUUGUAUGGUCUCCUAACUUCACAGUAUGGUGGUGAUGAUAAGUUAGUGAAGCUAUCUGAUGGAAAAUCGGUACCCAUAAGACUAGUACUCAAAGAAGUGUUUGGGUACAGACACGAUUUCCUGUGCGUUGCUGCUACAAUGGUAGCUGGUUUCUGCAUUCUUUUUGCAUUUGUGUUUGCGUAUGCAAUUAAAUCCUUCAAUUUUCAAAGGAGAUGA